GCCACAAGAGGCGAAAAGAGAGAGCGAUAGUAUGGUGACGGACCUCAUCCUGCUGCCCGAGGUGAGCGAAGGCGCGGUCGUGAAGGAGCUCGCGUCCCGGUACCGCGCCAACGAGGUCUACACGUACAUUGGGCCCGUCCUCAUUGCGGUCAACCCGUACAAGACGCUCAAGAAGGACGGGCUCUCGCUCUACGACGAGCACUGGAUCGACGAGUUCAGCGGCCGCGAGAUGCACGAGAACGACCCGCACCCGUUCGCGAUCGCCGAGUCGGCGUACUCGCACCUCAUGCGCUUCCAGACCAACCAGUGCCUCCUCAUCACGGGCGAGUCGGGCAGUGGCAAGACCGAAACGUCCAAGCACGUGUUGCAGUACAUUGCCAACAUCUCGACGAAAGCCCGGACGCGCCAAGCCGUCAACCAAGCGCGGACGCUCACGGACCUCAAGAAGCAAGAGAUUGACGACGUCGUGAACAAGGUCCGGCGCAUCUUGAUCCGCGCGUCGCCGGUCCUCGAAGCCUUUGGCAACGCGCAGACGAUCCGCAACAACAACAGCUCCCGCUUUGGCAAGUACAUGCUCCUCCAGAUGAACGUGGCCGGCCAAGUUGUCGGCGGCUUCAUCCACAACUACCUCCUCGAGAAGAACCGCGUGAUUAUGCAGGCCGCGGGCGAGCGCAACUUCCACUGCUUCUACCACCUCCUCGCGGGCGCGUCGGCGGCCGACCGAUCGGCGUGGAACCUCAAGGACGCGUCGCACUUUAAGCUCCUCCAGAACGAGAACCGCACGAUCGACGACGUCGACGACCGCGUCGAGUACCAGAACAUGGCGCACCACAUGACUGCCGUCGGUAUCUCGGACGACGAGCAGCGCUCGAUCUACCAGCAGAUCGCUGCGAUCCUGCACCUUGGCAACGUCUCGUUUCUGAGCCUCGUCGACGACAGCCACAACCCGUGCUGCAAGAUCGACCCCGCGACGCGUGAAUCGCUCGACGUCGCCGCCAAGCUCCUCGGCGUCUCGUCCGAGAGCCUCGACGAGAUGUUUACGUUCAAGUCGCUCGUGAUCAACCGCCACGAGACGCUGAUUCCGCUCACGGCGAGCCAGGGCACGAAGGUCCUCCACUCGCUCGCCAAAGUGCUCUACGAGAACAUCUUUACGUGGCUCGUCCAGCGCGUCAACAAGGGCAUCCACACGCCGCGCGGGAGCUCGCACACGAUGGGCAUCCUCGAUAUCUACGGGUUUGAGAUCUUCCAAGAGAACGCGUUCGAGCAGCUCUGCAUCAACUACGUGAACGAGAAGCUCCAGCAGCUCUUCAUUGCGCAGACGCUGCAGUCGGAGCAGCAAGAGUACCAACGCGAAGGUGUCGCGUGGGUGCACAUUGAGUACUUUAACAACCAAGUCGUGUGCGACCUCAUUGAAGACGCCAAGAUGCCGGGCAUCAUGCCGCUGCUGGACGAGCAGUGCGCGAUCUCGCAGACGUCGGUCGAUGUGCUCAUGCACCGCUUCAACGAGACGUACGACAAGCGCCACUCGCAUUACACCAAGUCGCGCGUGAAGGGCUCGACGUUCCAGGUCCGCCACUACGCCGGCACGGUCGAGUACGACGUGACCAACUUUGCCGAAGCCAACAUCGACUCGUUCUUCACCGAGCUGUACGCCAACUUGGCCAAGUCCACGAACGCAUUCGUGCGCAACCUCCUUACCGACGACCGCAGCACGAAGGAGAAGCUCAAGCGCCCGCCGUCGACGUCGUUCCAGUUCCGCGGCCAAGUCGCGACGCUCCUCGCCGAGCUCCAGCGCUGCAACCCGCAUUACGUGCGGUGCAUCAAGCCCAACGACAAGAAGGUCUCGGGCAUGAUCAGCUCCGACCUCGUCGCUGCCCAAGUGCGCUGCCUCGGCCUGAUUGAGAACAUCCGCGUCCGCCGCGCCGGCUUUUGCUACCGCGAGACGUACGCGACGUUCCUCCACCGGUACAAGAUCCUCUCGACCACGUCGUGGCCCGCGCCCAAGAACUGCUCGUCCCGGCAAGCCACGUUGGAGCUCUUGACGGCGCCCGACAUGGGCGUGCUCCCGAGCCUCCAGCCGCAGAGCGUCCUCAAGGCGAACGGCGGCAAGGACGCGGCGAUGCCGGUGCACGCCGACGGUAAGCCGCUCACGCCGCUCGAGGUGUACCGCAUGCACCUUGCCAUGAAGAAUGGCUCGGCGGCCAUGGACAAGGAGAUCGAGAAGAAGAUCAUUCCGUUCCAGGAAGACGCCGACUCGAUGGGCUGCUUCUCGCUCGGCCGCAACAAGGUCUUUAUCAAGCACCCGGCCGCCUUAUUUUCGCUCGAGCGUCUCCGCCAGGACAAGCUGCCGGAGAUUGCGCGCAUCAUCGAGGCCGCGUGGCGUCGCCGCCUCCUCCGCAUCCGCUUGGCCAAGUACCAGAUCGUGUACGACGACCUCAUGCGCCGGCUCGCCGCCGUGAAGCGCAACAUUGCAGACCGCGGCAUGCGUCGCAUUGGGUCCAACAACAAGAUCACGAUCGCUGCGCUCUACGGCCGCUGGCACGAGCUCGCGGACGCGGUCUUGCCGGCGCGCACGCGCUUCCACGCGCAGCUCGAGGCCGCCGAGCUGCACAACAAGGUGAGCUUUGCGCAGAGCUUUGUGCGUCGGAACGCGGCCGUGCGCAACCUCAACCGGCUCAAGGGCGCCGUCGCCGUCUUCUCGUCGCGCUGGAAGGGCCGCCAGACGCGCAAGAACAUGCCGCCCGAGCAGUGGCAGCGCUGCUACCAGGUCAUGCUCGGCAUCCGCACCGAGUUUGAGCGGUUGUUUGGCAAGAAGAAGCGGCGCCGCGACACGCUCGAUCGUGUCUACUUGGGCGACUACAUCAACUGCUUCAAGUACCCGGCGCUCCGCGCGCUUGUGACGGACGCGCGUCAGCGCCAGAUCCUCUUUGCCGGCGAAACGCUCAAAGUGAAUGAAAAGACGGUCGCGCAGUCCCGCCUCCUCCUCAUUGGCGAGACGUACAUCCACAACGUCAAGGCCGACAAGAUGGAGAAGCCCAAGGAGCGUCGCCGCGUGCAGAUCUCGGCGCUCAAGCACCUCUCGAUGAGCUCGCUCCAGGACAACUACCUCUUUGUGCACGUCGAAGGCGAGGUCGACCUCAUGUACGAGGUCGACCAAAAGACGGAGAUCGUCCAGCUCCUCCGGAAGCGCUACAAGGAACUCCGGAAGAAGGAGCUCCCGGUGAUCAUCUCGGACGAAAUCGAGUUUGAGGCCAAGAAGAACCAGCGCAACCUCGUCAAGUUUAUCAAGACGCCCACCGUGGCGACGACGACGCUGGAGAAGGUCGACAAGAAGCACGUUGUCGUUCGCGUCGGUACGCUCCAGCAGCGCCGGUACUAGAUGCGUAUUCCCACCUUUUAUUACAUGUAUCCGAGCACGAACAAGAACUUAUUGCGCGUCUUCUUGGACCUGUACGCUCCCAAGUGCUACGUAGUACUGGUACAGUCGCAUUAUUGCAACGAUGGACCCUUGCUUG